AUGUCCCAGCCUCGCCGACGCCGUCCUUGCACUUCUACCCAUCCUGAGCUCCUUGCCCUGACCAAGCCAUCCGGUCAGUUCAAGCUGCUUGCCCGGAAGAACAAAGGCUGUCUGCGGGCCAUCGUCAGCACCAUCUCAUCCGUGCCGUCCUUGACACCCAGCCCAGUCUCGCCGACACCUUCCUUGCCCUUCUACCCAUCCCAAGCUCCUCGCCCUGACCAAGCCAUCCGGUCAGUUCAAGCUGCUGGCCCGGAAGAACGAACGCUGUCCACAGGCCAUCAUCAGCACAAGCUCAUCUAUGCCGUCCUCAACACCCAGCCCAGUCUUGCCGAUGCUGUACUUGCCCUGCUACCCAUUCCAAGCUCCCUGCAUCUUCCUCCUUGA